AUGUUAUAAGUGUCAAACAUAAACCUCUUGCAUCAAUUACAAACAACAUGCAUAUUAACAAGCUUUGUAAUAACUCAUUAAAUAAUUCAAACGAAGCAACUAAUAUAACUUUAAAUUAUAAUUCACAUUUAAUUAAUACACCUUGUUAUACCACAUCACAUUUAUCAUAUUGUUCAACUAAUACAUGUCCAUCUACCCCAACACCACGUUCACCAUGUUUGACUGAUACGCGUUCAUCUAUAGCGCAUAAUAUGCAUCUAUCUACAUUAC